UAGAAACCCCAAAUAUUGGGCCCGAUUUCGCUGGAAUUCGAAUGUCUGAAAGCCCGAAGAAUAGGCUAACUCAUAUAAAACCAGAAAAAGCCCUAACUGCACCUUGAGAUUUUUUCCCCUGAAUUAAAUUAAGAAACCUUAGAAAAGUGAAUAGAAUUUGCACCGGUAGACCAGAAAUAUGGAGAUGUCGAACGAUUUCGAUCGCCUUCUUUUCUUCGAGCACACUCGCAGAACCGCUGAAGCAAUCUACGCGAAAAACCCUCAUGACGCCGAGAAUCUAACAAAAUGGGGAGGUGUGUUGUUGGAGUUAUCGCAGUUUCAGAAUGGUCCGGAGUCAAAGCAGAUGGUCCAAGAUGCUAUUGACAAGCUGGAAAAAGCACUGGUUGUUGACCCUAGAAAGCAUGACGCACUCUGGUGCCUUGGGAAUGCAUAUACAUCUAGUGCAUUUCUGAUUCCUGAGCUCGAGGAGGCUAAAGUUUACUUCGAUAAAGCAGCUCAGUACUUUGAGCAAGCAGUUGAACUGGAACCAACAAAUGAACUUUAUCAGAAAUCCUUAGAAGUAACCAGCAAGGCGCCUGGGUUACACGUGGAGAUCCACAAGCAUGGCCUGGGUGAGCAGGUUAUGGCAGGCGGACCUUCAUCAUCAUCUACCAGCACUAAGCAGCAGAGUACAAAGAAGAGCAAAAGUAGUGAUCUCAAGUAUGACAUAUUUGGAUGGAUAAUCCUUGCAGUUGGUAUCGUUGCAUGGGUUGGAUUUGCAAAGUCGAACAUGCCCCCACCUCCUCCUCCAAGAUAAGCAGUUUGCUUCAUCUUGGCUGGGCCCUGCCAAGAGAUAGUAAACGAGCUUGUGAUAUCAUUCAAUCAAGCGAGAGAAACAUCAUGGAGACCGGUGAUAUUGCUUGUUUCUGCAAGAGUUUGCUGCGUUCACUCCCGGGUUUUCAAGUUCGUCAUGUCAAGAGAGAUUUUAAUAUUAUUGCUGACUGUUUAGCAAAAGCUGCAAGGAUUAUUUCUACACACCAUGUUUGGAAUGAACUUCUGUUUUUUGUGGUGGGUCAUCUUCAUGUUCCAUGUCUUUGUGUGCAAUAAAGUUAUCCUCGUUCUUUCAAAAAAAAAAUGGAACUAUUAAAUGAUAUUGUUAUUUUAAUU